AUAUAUUGACAAUCUCCAUGUGAUACUGUCAUUAAUAUAUCUAAUAUCACAUAAAAUUAGUGAAAUUUGUGAACUGUGUGACCUCUUAUCAUUAGUCAAUUAUUAUUAAUUAUCCGUUACUUGUCUUCUGUAUGGUGGUUCAGUUUUUAACGUUAAAAGGAAUUCUUCUUAUAUGUGUUACAUAGCGAUGCAGAUGCCAAUAUAUGACUAAAUAGAUAAACUUCCUCAAAAGACAAACCACUCGUUUUCGUUCAAAAUACAUUCGCCUCUCAAAUACGUGUGUAUAUAUAUAUAUAUAUCAUCCAUGGUGUUUUCUGUUCCAUCACCUCUGUCAAGGACAUAUCCAUGCUUCUCUACUUUUAUAAUAAGUUGAAGCAAUUCGUCUAUUUUGAUAAAUAUAUAUAGACUUGAGCGCUUUAGAUAUGGAGGAGGAGAGAACAUGCAGAACCUCACUGAGAGGAGCGCCUGAGAAUAACUCAGGGUUUGAAACACCAUCUCCCAAUGUCAGCACUUCAGGUUCAGAAGAAGCUCAACAAAAUCCGAAAUCUGAUUCUCAACUGUGUGGAUUCUUCUGUAUAUUCAAAAAAGGACCGUGCACGGGUUCUAAUACAUUCCAUCCUAGCCCCUCUAGAAGAAAAACCAGAAACUCAAGACACAUCAAGCCGUCACUGAGUUUAGAUACUGAAUUGUAUUGCUCCAAGCCCUCCUGGAAGAAUUUCCUCCUCUCGGAGCUCCAAACUGCAACCAACAAUUUCAGCCGCGAAAAUUUGAUUGGAGAGGGAGGUUAUUCAGAAGUUUACAAGGGACAUUUACAAGAUGGUCAACUUGUGGCAAUUAAACGGCUCAUCAGAGGUGCCCCUGAAGCGAUGACGGCAGAAUUCUUAUCCGAGCUUGGGAUUUCAGUCCAUGUCAAUCAUCCCAAUGUUGCUAAUAUUAUAGGCUAUGGGGUUGAAGGGGGAAUGCACCUUGUUCUUCCUUUGUCUCCCCAUGGGAGCUUAGCAUCUCUACUUACUGGUGCAAAGGAGAAACUAAAAUGGAGCAUAAGAUAUAAAAUUGCUUUAGGCACGGCUGAGGGCCUUUCGUAUCUUCAUGAGGAAUGUCGGCGGAGGAUUAUCCAUAGAGAUAUCAAGGCUGCCAACAUUUUGCUUACAGAGGAUUUCGAGCCUCAGAUUUCUGAUUUUGGGCUCGCAAAGUGGCUUCCCGAUCAGUGGACUCACCUCACUAUAUCGCAAUUUGAAGGCACAUUCGGCUACCUUCCUCCUGAGUUCUUCAUGCAUGGUCUCGUGGACGAAAAAACUGAUGUGUACUCUUAUGGGGUACUACUUUUAGAGCUCAUCACUGGACGGCUUGCUUUGGAUAAGUCACAUCAAAGCCUUUUGAUAUGGGCUAGACCAAUGGUCGCUAAGAAUGAUAUCAGGGAGCUUGUUGAUCCAUCUCUUGACGGUGCCUAUGACUCGGAGCAAAUGAAUCAAAUGAUUUUGAUAGCUUCUCAGUGCAUACAUCGGUCUUCAAUAGAGCGACCUCAAAUGAGCAAGGCAUUAAGGAUGUUGAAAGGUGGUGAAGGCGGCAGUUUGGAGGGAGUGUAUAGAUUUCAGAGAAGACCUGUCAUCAGAAGGACGUAUUCGUUGGAGGUUGUUGAUGCAGAAGAAUGUAAUUCGCUAAAGUGCUUAACUGAUAUGAAUCAACAAAUGGAGAUCUAACAUCUUUGCCACAUUAUGGCUGCUGUCAACAUUCAGUUGACAAUACGGAUCACGGAAUUCACAGGUGCCUUGGAAGUUCCAUUCCUGCAUUGAAAUAGGGGGUGUUUGGGUUGUUAUUCCACUAGUUAUUCUCAAAGUUGAGGGACUGGAUAGUGUGAGUUGGCAGGGAAAUUCAAAAGAAAUGUUUAAGUGCAGAACUGAACUGCCGAUAUUCUUUCAUUUCUCCUGUAUGUGUGAAUUCAAAAGCUAUGUUGGUGAAGAAGAUGGAUAAUAAUAAGUUCUGGAUGAAAUUCAGAAACCGCCUUUAUCUUGUUAUCAAUGAGAACCAGCAUUCUGCGAUACAAAUUUCCUUUUGUUAUUAUUUAUUUAUUUUUCUUCAUA